GGCGCGGUGAUAAAUUCAACAGCUUCUCAUUCACGUUAUACGAAUCACUGCCACCUAUGUAGACGUAGCUUACUUUUAUGACAGGAAAUCUUAAAUUGUCGGGAUCCGUUUGUUCUUUUCUUUAACAAAUUUGAAUUCAGUGGUUUAACUACCACGGAAAGGUGUUUGGUUUAUUUAUAACGGAAUCUGACAGUUCACCGACAUGUCUAGAGUUGCUGAUGUUUCCAAAAUCCGGCAGGAGAGAAUGAGGGAGAUCAGUUUGCGGAAUAAGGAGAAGGAGCGCAUGAGGGAGCGAGAGAUCGAGGCCCGCGAGCGAGAGUCCCGCUACAGCAACGGCCACCUGUUCACCUCGCUCAUGGUCUCAGGCACCACCCUGUGCUCCGCCUGCAACAAAAGUAUAACGGCCAAGGAGGCCCUGAGCUGCCCGACAUGCAACGUCACCAUCCACAACCGUUGUCGAGACUCCCUGCUCAACUGUGUCAAAAUGAAACAGCGGCAGCAGAAGAUGGUACAGACGCGAAAUAACUCAUCCAUGCAGAACGUCAACCUACGCACUAAAACCACGGUGAGGCGGCAGCGGCCCAGCUCAGCCAUCUACCACUCAGACAGCAUCCGCCAGUCGCUGCUGGGCUCGCGGAGGGGCCGCUCCACCCUCUCUCUGGCUAAGAGCGUGUCCAGCAACAACAUCGCUGGGAACCUGAAUGAGGACUCUCCGAUGGGCUUCCGCAGGAUACUGUCCCAGUCCACCGACUCGCUGAACUUCAGGAACAGGGCCGUCUCUAUGGAGUCACUGAAUGACGAGGGAGAGGCCUACUACGUGUCCAUGCUGGAGGAGCUGGACAUCGAGGAGCGAGACUUCGAGGCCGACUCCUGGAGCAUGGCGGUGGACACCAGCUACCUGCAGGCCCACCGCAAAGACGUGAUCAAGAGGCAGGAUGUGAUCUACGAGCUCAUCCAGACGGAGCUGCACCACAUGCGCACUCUGCGCAUCAUGGACCACGUGUUCCGCCAGGGCAUGCUGGAGGACGUGGGGCUGGACCCGGGCACCGUGCACGUCCUCUUCCCCUGCCUGGACCAGCUGCUGCUGCUGCACUCUCGCUUCCUGGCGCAGCUCAUCCUGCGUCGCAACUACAGCCUUCAAGCCGGCUCCACCUACAACUUCACCAUCCUGCAGCUGGGCGACGUGCUGCUGGAGCAGUUCUCAGGCCACUGUGCAGAUGAGAUGAGGAAGACGUAUGCAGAGUUCUGCAGUCGCCACCUGAAGGCUGUCAAACUAUACAAGGAGCUGCUCGCCAAAGACAAGAAGUUCCAGUACUUUAUACGGCGGGUGGGUCGAGGGAACCUCUUACGUCGGCAUGGUGUCCAAGAAUGUAUCCUACUGGUCACCCAGAGAAUCACUAAGUAUCCCGUCCUCCUCCAGCGCAUCCUGGACAACACUAACGACAGUGAAGAAGCGUUGGUGCUGGCCCAGGCGCUCUCCUCCAUCAAAGAGCUGCUCAGCUCCAUUGACAACCAGGUGGUGGAGCUGGAGCGGACCCACAGGCUGCAGGAGAUCCAGGCAAAGCUGGACCCGCGGGCCGAGGCCAAGGUCCGGGACGGGGGCGUGUUCCGGGCCAGCGAGCUGCUCCGCCGCAGGCUGGUCCACGAGGGGGCGCUACUCUGGAAGAACCCGGGGUCCCGGCUCAAAGAUGUGCAGGUUCUACUAAUGGCAGAUGUCCUGGUUUUCCUGCAGGAGAAAGACCAGCGGUACAUAUUCCCAAUUCUGGAUAAGGACAAGUCUACCGUGCUCUGCCUUCACGGGCUCAUCAUACGAGACAUCGCCAACCAGGAGAGGGGCAUGUUCCUGAUCAGUGGCUCUUCCCCCGCGGAGAUGUACGAGCUGCACUGCGCCUCCAGGGAAGAUAAACACAUCUGGAAGCGGGAGAUCCACCACGCGGUCACCAACUGCCCUUCGCGAGAGGAGUUUCCACUCAUUGAGACUGAGGACAAGGCUCUUCUGAGAAGAAUCAAAGCGGACAUCCAGCAGAAGGAUCGGGAGGUGGUGGAGCUGCUCCAGGAGCGGGUCACCCUGUUCUCCGACCUGGCCGAGGUGACGGGGGCGUGCGAGGUCCCGCUGCCCAUCAACACGCGCAACCUGUUCAGGGCCAACACGGCGCAGGCACCGCGCGCUGAGAAGCUGCUGCUGGACUCCAUCGCAGAGGUGGACAUGCUGAGCGAGCUGCUGCUGGGGGUGAGUCUGGACAUCCCCCUCUCCUACGUGACCGACUGCCCUCACCAUCACAUCGGAGCCCACGUCAUCAAUGGUCAGGAGAUGAUGGCCAAUGGGGAGAAUGAUUCCUCCGCCGUGAAGGAUCCUAAGCAGAAUCGAGACAAGCCACGGAGUGAGGAUAUCUGCCAUCGGCUCAUGAACCUCAGUGCCUAUCUUCACGCUCUUCAGGGGGCCGUCAUCAAACAAGACUCCAUCCUGGAGCUGUGUCUGUGGCAGGAGGGCCCGGGGGCGGGCUCCCACGCCGGCCGGCUGUGGCGCUCCCUGUCGCGGGAGGCGGGUGCGGGGGACGGCGGGGCGGGCUCGGCCCUGGGGGAGCUGGCCCUGCUGCAGAGGCAGCACAGCCUGCUGCAGGAGGAGCUGGGCCGCCUGCGGGGGGCCGAGGGCCGGCUGAGGGACAGCGAGAAGGCCCGGGCCCAGCUGGAGAGGCAGGUCCGCGGCCUGGGGGGCCCCCAGGAGGGCCCCGGGUCCACCCAGCAGUUCCACUCGAAGCAAACCUCAAGAACGGACGAGCUGGACUCCUGCCGGGACCCCCACGGCGCAUUCGACGAGCUGCAGGACUGUAGUGAUGCGGAGGAGGAGGUGCUCUCCGAUGACGAUGAGAGGAGAUCGUCUGGCCGCUCGGAGAGCCCCAGGGAUCUUCAGGAUAUUCCAGAAGAGGCUGAAAUUGGUGUAGAAAUUCGCUUGCCCAAAAUGUCUGCCUGUUAAAAAGCCCUUCCAGACGGCUGAAAUCCCCUAUUCUUAAUCCUGUCCUCUGCACAUUAGAUGGGUUCCAAAGAGACGCAGCCCUGAAGGAGCUCCUCUUCUGACUGAAGUAAGAGGUUUCAUGAUCUGCACAGGUAGAGUUAUUUGUGCAGUAUUUUCUAGGUUGUGUAAUGUGUAUGUGUCUUCAUUUUGGGUUGACUACUUCCAGGCGUCUCUGGUCUGAUGAGUAUGUGUGGUUACAAGGGAGGAAUUGCUAGUAAAGGUUUUUAUGCUGUUGCUAAUGCUUUGUAAUUUUUUGUGCAUCUAAUCAAUGAAAGGAUGAAUAAGGGGAACACUUUUGGUUCAUAUCUGAAACAUACUUAAAGGUCCAGUGUGUAAAAGAGAGGUGGCAUCUAGUGGUGAGGUUGCAGAUUGUAACCAACUGAAUCCCCCCCCCCCCCCAUCCUUCCCUUUCCAAUAACUUUGGUGUCCUGUACUAUCCUGUAUUGUGGAAGGUGUCCUGUACUAUCCUGUAUUUUGGAAGGUGUCCUGUACUGGCCUGUAUUGUGGAAGGUGCCCUGUACUGGCCUGUAUUGUGUAAGAUGUCCAUUACUGGCCUGUAUUGUGGAAGGUGUCCUAUACUGGCCUGUAUAAGGUGUCUUUUUCUGCCCUGUAUUAGGUGUCCUGUACUGGCCUGUAUUGUGUAAUGCGCCAGUAGUUACUACUUAAAUUACGUAAUUAGCUACGACUGCAUCGGGUAGGCAAAUGUCAGUGAAGAGGAUCUUUGGUAAAUGUACAACUCUUAGCAAGACAUUUCUUCGGAACAUGUUCUCUCUAGAGCAGUUUGUCCUUAUCGGGCUGCUGUAGGACCAUGGCGGUCCAACAUGGCGCUCGCUUUGGAAGAGGACCUGCUCCCCACGUAGAUAUAAAGGGCUGAACCUAAGGUAACGACAGCACAACGUUCCUCAUUUUAUUGGGAUUAUACACUAAUAAAACCAUACUUAGGAAUGGUGUGUUUCCUAUUCUGCCAUGUCCUUUCAGCUAGAUGCCACUAAAUUCUACAGACUGGACCUUUAAGAUAAACCAAAUAUUCUGUAUGAUUUUGCAACGAAAACUAUAGUACCUUGCACAAACAUAAACAGCUGAGUUCCGUCUUUAAGAAAUAAUUCGCCCAACAAUGUAAUAUCCUAAAAUCCCCUUACCUACUCUUGAACCGUUCAAAAUAUUCUACAUUUAGGAAAUAUUAUCAAUUUUUUGGCACAAAUGUGUGCGAUUUGUAGAUAUCUGAUUUCCACUGACCUGAAACCCCAAACGCCCUGCGUGAGAGAGCAGUGGCCCCAAGUCCAACCCCGCGUGGCCCGGAGGCGGGCUCUAGGUCUUCUGCAUUGACCAACUGAAAAGGGAAAAGGGUUUCCAUUUUGAUUCCCAUUCCGACAUCUGGAAACGUAGCGCUGUGAUGUCAUGGUUGAAGCCAUAAUUUAUACACAUUUAUAUUAGGGUGAAUUAUUCCUAUUUUAUUGAGGUCAUGACAUUUUACUGUUAUGUAUGCAUCCUCAAAACGUGAAUGUAAACCAAUAGCGUUACAGUUUAGAAAUCAUCAAAUCUGAAACAUUGAUGCCAGUAAAACGCUUAGCUCCUGACUAACUUUAUUAACUGGCUGGCCUUCAAGCUCUUCUAAUCACAAAGAAAGGUGUUGGUGUCGGCUGAAACCUCUUUUCUUUGUAACUAAACAAUAUACGUGAUGCUUGUCAGUGUGCAGAGUAUCCUUAUGUAACGAUGAGGGCUCAUAAGAAAACAAAAUGAAAAUAUAUUUUUUAUAUAAGUAGUCAUGUAGAAGUUUUGCAUGAAUUUGCAUGUUAUUUAGUAUAUUUUAGCUCAUAUACAUUCAAGUUGCUGAAGCUAAUACUUGCGAGCUAUAUUUGAAUUGAAUAAGGAUGCAGUGAGGGAACAUUUUGGGGGAAUCUCUUUACACAUCUCCCAUCGUACUUACUUUAGCUUUAAUACAAAUAAUGGUAAAAACAUUUAAAAUACAUUGAUUGAAGAAUGCUGUUUUGUUUUAGUUGAACAUGUGGGAAAUUAAUUUAAUGCCAAAUGCCCAACAUGUAGAUUUGGAAGUAUUUUUAAUCAAGUAUUUUAAUCAAGAGGAUAGGCGACUUUCCCAGACGACCAGCUCAAUAUUGAUAGUGCAGGCUAAUUCAAUGUGAAUAUGGGUGCUGUCGAUCAAUAGGGAUUAAAUGACCACAACCGGACAAGCAAUUUAAAUGUGAAACAUACUUUGCAAUACAAAUGAGCCAUUAAACACACAUACUAAUGAAGUGGGAAUUUCAUUUAUUUAAAGUUUCUGUAGAUUUUCAUGCAGAUGUUUUAAAGACCUACGUAGUGCCUACUGCUAUUGUUGCUGCUAUAUAUGCCACAUAGUUCAUUCCGAUAAGAAAUAUAUUUAUUGUGUUCUCUAUCAAGUACAACUUUUUUGAUUUAUGGAUGACAUAAUCAUGCUUUCAAAUGUGUGUUCUUAUAUAGGCUAUGAUAUUGGACAGUUUUGUUUUGGCUAAACCUAGAAACUCUAGCACAAACACAAGUUAUGCUUUAUAUGUAUAUUUAUAUGCUCCUUUUCAUUCAGUGAUAGCUUAUGCUGUUGCAUGCUGUUACACACUGUUAAAGGAUGUUACAGGCUGCUACAUGCUGUUACAUGGGGUUACACGCUGUUGCAUGGGGUUACACGCUGUACCCUGCUACACUGAGCCAACAGCGUAGCGUUGGCCGCGGCAGGGAUGGUUUUCGUGUCAUCGUGGCCAUAAGGAAUUGAAAAAAAUGUAUCCAAACAUUCAAAAAAACCAAAUGAUUAGCCGAAGCUUGAAAUGAUGUAUAAUGGGCAGCCGUAGUAGAUUAGCAACAAGCUAAAUGUAGGCUACUACGCAAGCACAUGCCUCCCCCUCUCGCUUUGGACUGGUGACUGCAUCGUGUAAACACAGAGCUCUUAAUCUGAUUUAAGGAGUGAGGAGAUGGACGCAGACAUUUGGGUUGACUGGGAUGACUUCAAGUUAUUUUAUUCUGUUUGCGGUGCCAGCCGAUCACUGCCGCUGAGGCUAGUAUUAAAAUGGUGGCACCUCCCUUGCUAACCCUGCAAAUGUGUUAAUAAAAAUCAUACAAUUGAUAUUGAUGCAUAGUUUAAUUAAGGUUUUUUUCAGUGGCGUAAAUAUCGACAGUGCAACCGGUGCCCCCCCCCCCCCCCCCCCGCUCGGAAGUCCUGUCCAGGGGCACAAAAAAAUGAUUUGCACCGGGGCCUAUCACCAUGACGUUACGCCACUGACUUUGUUUGUUAUAUAACAUAAUCAAAAAGGUCUAAUAAUGACAGUGAACACACGUUUUGCUCCUUUUGCCCCAGACGCGCCACUAAUGAUCAAAAAACUCCGCCACGCUUAGCUUUUGUGCUCAGUGUAGCUCCGCUUCUGGACAUUAAAAGGGUUUCCUUCGAUUAUUUUCUUUUGCAAUAAUAUACAUGUUAACUAAGUGAAAAAAUGUGAUCACUGAUGCAAAAUAAAGAGUCAAAUUUUGUAAAAUCCCAUGUAUCUAUCUUUGUGUCUGUGUGAGAUGUGGAUGUUUGCUGAUAAACUUCCUUUGUUUCUUGGGAAUUACAAAAACCUUGUGAGGUCAUCACUACCUGGCUUGUUAUGGUGCUGCAUCACCAGAAUCUACUAAUAGUCAUAAUUUGCCAUAAUGGUUACCGCACUGAACUUGUACAUCAGCGAUAACUUUUGUCAAUUUUUUUUUGUCAAUGCUGCCGGCUGGCCAAUGAGAUCAGAAAAGCGCUUUUAUUAUGACUGCCUGGCUAUACUUUGGCCACCGCUUGGCAUACUUUAUCACCCUGCAUUAUAUAUUUACUGUAUAUCUUUAAUACGAUCAGAGGUCGGGUUACUAUUUAGGGGCAGAACUCAAAAAUGAAAUUCACACACGGGCAAGCAAGAGACAACACAAAUACACUAACACUUGGACUUACAUGCUCUCUCUUAUUCUAAUCCUCAGGACAAUGUCAGCCAAGUGAUGUCUAUUAAUAUCCCAGCGGGGGCUUAGUGGGGAGCCAUAACUGCCAUCGCCACCCCCCCGGCCCUCCAGGGAUUGCCCUAGGUGAUACUAAAGCCUCAGUCCAUCACUAGGUUAGCUCAGUAAUAGGCAGGGCCACUUCUGGCGGGCCAGGUGAUGGAGGCUUGGUGGAGUGGUGAAAGGGGUAGGGUUACAGCGCCAGGCAUUCCUCUCUCGUCAUAUUGUUAUGUGAGCAUGCCCAGUUGUCCUUCCCCUGUUGAUUCAGAGGCAGGGGCCCGGCAGUCUGUUCAGAGCACACGCUACUGAACGAAACAUAAGGACUUAUUUGAACUCAAAAUACAAGUGAAACAUCAACAAAAAUCAAAAAGCAAUCAUGAACUUGAAACAAAGAACCAUCAAAUCUGAUGAACUCCCAGUACAAUCGCUGUUCCUGACUAGAGGGAUUAUGGCCCCUUUCACACAUUCAUGUUGAAGAUAUUCCACCUUUGGUACGUUCCUGUGACCCUCACAUUCUAAGAUGGUACAUUUAGAAAACCACUAAAUAUCCCACAUCCACUUGCGUUUGGUUUUCACCUGUGACAUUAAAACAGACAGUCAGACUAUUAAAGCCCCAGGCAACACGCUCAAUCCAAAUUAUAAGUACAUACUUAACCAUGUGAUUAGGUUUGAACUCCCGGUCAUCACCCACUUAAAACCCAACCCAUGUCCCCGAGUUUUUCAACUAUUUGACCAAUC